UCCUCCUCCGCGUCCUCCGACGCCCCACCGACAAGCCCAGACCCGGUUCCCCGCCGAACCGACCCCGGACAAGGUCGAGGGGAACAAAGACACCGCCAGGCAGCAGCAGCAGCAGCGCACCACCGCAGCGGCCGACAUGAACCACCACCACCACCCCCAGCAACAGCAGCAGAAAGCCGGCGAGCAGCAGCUCAGCGAACCCGAGGACAUGGAGAUGGAGGCUGGGGACACAGAUGACCCUCCGAGAAUCCCAGCCAACCCCGUGAUCAAUGGGAACGUCGCCAUGGCAGAUGGACACAACAACACAGAGGAAGACAUGGAGGAUGACACCAGCUGGCGGUCGGAGGCGACGUUCCGCUUUGUUGUGGAGCGCUUCAGCCGCCUGAGCGAGUCGGUGCUAAGCCCGUCCUGCUUUGUCCGGAACCUUCCGUGGAAGAUUAUGGUGAUGCCACGCUUCUACCCUGACCGGCCGCACCAAAAGAGCGUUGGCUUCUUCCUGCAGUGCAAUGCAGAGUCCGAUUCCACGUCAUGGUCAUGCCACGCCCAGGCCAUGCUCAAGAUAAUCAAUUACAAAGAUGACGAAAAGUCCUUCAGCCGCAGGAUCAGUCACCUCUUCUUCCACAAGGAGAAUGACUGGGGCUUCUCCAACUUCAUGUCCUGGAGUGAUGUGACCGAUCCCGAGAGGGGCUUUGUUGAUGAUGACAAAGUCUCUUUCGAAGUCUACGUCCAGGCAGAUGCCCCACAUGGAGUGGCUUGGGACUCCAAGAAGCACACAGGCUAUGUGGGGCUGAAAAACCAGGGCGCUACCUGCUACAUGAACAGCCUGCUACAGACACUCUUCUUUACCAACCAGCUACGACGGGCGGUGUACAUGAUGCCCACAGAAGGAGACGACUCGUCCAAGAGCGUGCCCCUGGCGCUGCAGAGGGUCUUCUAUGAGCUACAGCAUAGCGACAAGCCUGUUGGCACCAAGAAACUCACAAAGUCCUUUGGAUGGGAGACACUAGACAGUUUCAUGCAACAUGAUGUGCAGGAGCUAUGCAGAGUGCUCCUGGACAAUGUGGAGAACAAAAUGAAAGGCACCUGUGUUGAGGGAACCAUCCCUAAGCUCUUCAGAGGAAAGAUGGUGUCGUAUAUCCAGUGUAAGCACGUCGACUACCGGUCAGAGCGGAUAGAGGACUACUAUGACAUCCAGCUCAGCAUAAAAGGAAAGAAGAACAUCUUUGAGUCCUUCAAAGACUACGUGGCAACCGAGCAGUUGGAUGGAGACAACAAAUAUGAUGCGGGAGAACACGGCCUGCAGGAAGCAGAGAAGGGGGUGAAGUUCUUGACCUUCCCUCCUAUCCUUCACCUUCAGCUGAUGAGGUUCAUGUACGACCCCCAGACCGACCAGAACAUCAAGAUCAAUGACAGGUUUGAGUUCCCAGAGCAGCUCCCUCUGGAUGAGUUCCUCCAGAAGCCGGACUCCAAGGACCCAGCCAACUACAUUCUGCACGCUGUGCUUGUGCACAGCGGAGACAACCACGGAGGCCACUACGUCGUCUAUCUCAACCCCAAAGGAGACGGCAAAGUGAGUGUCAAGGAGCCAAUAUGGUGUAAGUUCGAUGAUGACGUAGUGUCCCGAUGCACCAAGGAGGAGGCCAUCGAGCACAACUAUGGUGGGCACGAUGAUGACCUCUCCGUUCGACACUGUACCAACGCUUACAUGUUGGUCUACAUCCGCGAGUCCAAACUCAGCGAGGUGCUCCAGCCGGUGACGGAUGUGGACAUUCCCCAGCAGCUGGUGGAGCGUCUGCAGGAGGAGAAGCGGGUGGAGGCACAGAAGAGGAAGGAGCGCCAGGAGGCUCAUCUCUACAUGCAGGUCCAGAUGGUGACAGAGGACCAGUUUUGUGGUCAUCAGGGUAAUGACAUGUACGAUGAGGAGAAGGUGAAGUACACGGUCUUCAAAGUCCUGAAGAGCUCCACGCUUCAAGAGUUUGUCCAGAACCUCUCCCAGACCAUGGACCAAAUGAGGCUGUGGCCCAUGCAGGCCCGGAGCAACGGAACCAAGCGCCCCGCCAUGCUUGACUACGAGGCCGACUGCAACAAAUCUAUGAUCGACUUGAGUGACAACGAGAACCCUUGGACAAUAUUCCUGGAGACGGUGGAUCCAGAGAUGGCUGCCAGCGGGGCCACGUUACCCAAGUUCGACAAAGACCAUGACGUCAUGCUGUUCUUGAAGAUGUAUGAUCCCAAAACCAGAAGCUUAAAUUAUUGUGGACAUAUCUACACACCUAUAUCCUGCAAAAUACGAGACCUGUUGCCGGUCAUGUGCGAGAGAGCAGGUUUUCAGCAGGAAACUAGCCUUAUCCUCUAUGAGGAAGUAAAGCCCAGCCUAACAGAGCGGAUACAAGACUAUGACGUCUCUCUGGAUAAGGCUCUGGACGAGCUAAUGGACGGAGACAUCAUCGUCUUCCAGAAGGACGACCCAGAGAAUGACAGCAGUGAGCUGCCCACAGCCAAGGAUUACUUCCGGGACCUCUACCAUCGGGUAGACGUCAUUUUCUGUGACAAAACCAUACACAACGACCCCGGCUUUGUGGUCACGCUCUCCAACCGCAUGAACUACUUUCAGGUGGCCAAGACCGUAGCGCAGAGGCUGAACACAGACCCCAUGCUGCUGCAGUUCUUCAAAUCACAGGGGUAG